AUGGAGGAUACCAAUUCAGUUGCUUCGCUCAUGGACUCUACAUCAUCCAAGAUCCAGCAGCUUCAGAAGGCCUUCGCUGAACUCGAAGGCCAGCGCGCAGUAACACUUAAUAUGAAAUGGAAAGAACUUGAGGAGCAUUUCCACGGACUUGAGAGGUCCUUAAAGAGACGUUUCCACGAGCUCGAAGAUCAAGAAAAAGAAUACGAAACCAAAACAAGGCUCCAUAAGUUUGUAUCAGAUAACCGCAAGAACCUUGCGUCACUAAAGGAAGAGAUUCCUCUAGCGUUCAAGGCUGCAUCAAACCCGGCGAGUUUAGUGUUGGACUCUUUGGAAGGUGAGAUUGGAGUUCUCUUGGACAGUGGAAGGCAGAUAGAUGCGGUGAACUUGGCAUUCGCGUUUGAACUCACACAACAGUUCCCACCUGUUGAAUCUUACUUGACUGAGGCAAAGAGAUCACCUGACAAUGCAUCUGCUACUUUGGAUGAGUUCAAAGAGAGGGAGCUUACAAGUGUUAAAGCUGUGGUAAAGUGCAUCGAAGAGCAUAACCUGGAAGAGCAGUACUCAGUUGAGCCACUUCAGAAACGGAUUCACGAGCUGGAGAAGGUCAAAGCGGAGAAAAAGAAAGCGACAGAACCCACAAAGCCUCAGACAAAACGACCACGUGGUGCUCAACCCCUAGUCACUGACAACAACAACAACAACAACAAUAACAAGACAGGAUAUGGUAGAGUCAUCCCUGAGAGUUAUCCGCAGUAUGUGUAUGACAACAGACCUUUCCUUACCGGUCCAAUCAUGGCAGCACAAGCUCCGCCUCCUCAGACUUACACUUUCAGUCCCGUUGCUACUCAUGGGAACUUCUAUGGGAACUGCUAUCAGUACCAGGCUCCUCCUCCUCCUUACUUUCACUAA